AUGCAGGAGCUGCUGGAAGAGAACAAUCCUGAUCGGAUACUCUUGGGCCUGGUAACUCCCCAGAUUGGGUAUGAGUUUGUCAAAACUGCAGACGAUACGGCCUUCGCACGUGCCAUAUGCGCUCUGGACCCAGACCAUUUUGUUGUGCCGUAUCGGGACAUGUUUCGCUACAUGAAGCCAAGCUUGGAGACACAACCUAAGCAUCGGGUAGUCAAGUCACUGGAAGAGAGGGUGGCUUCUUUCAUCAACAUCCUCGACACCUUGGUCACUCAGCGACAAGAACAUGGCCAUGCGCUCGGCCUCGACAUCUAUCGACAUCUGCUUCGAUGUACAGCUGCGGCAGGAAUUGGAUCUUUUGCCAGAAAUGUCUUCCGCAACUUCAUGCCUGCAGAAGAGAUCGUGCCAGAUUUGGACUGCUACAACUACUUGAUGGAGGCGCUCACGUGGAAUGAUGCCUACAGCAGGCACGAAAGAUACAGGCUCAGGAUAGUCACGCACAACAUGCUGCGUCGCUCUGGCGAAACAAGACCCCUCGGAUUCCGCGGGCACGGAGUCGCCUCGCCUCUCAAUCCGAAAAACCAGGAAUCGAUCCGGCUGGAAAUCUUGAGCAUUUUUAACGAGCUUGUCAACCAGGGUCUCAAUGGCAACGAGGCGACAUUCUGCAAUCUCAUGGUCGCCAUGGGUCGUGAAGGCGAUCUGGGCAGUGUCAAGAGCGUCUUAAAAUCCGUGUGGAAUAUCGACGUUGAGGCUCUGGACAAAUUCGACGAAGAAGAAUUGGAGAGUCCGACAUUCUACGAGGAAGGCUCGCCGCUCCGACCUUCUGCCCGAUUGCUUACUACGGUAGUGCACGUCUUCUGCACGAACAAUGAAGUCGCUCUUGGCGGCAUGCUCCUCGAUUAUAUCUCUCGGAACUACAACGUGGCAAUCCCCGGGUACACCUGGACACUUUUGCUCGAAUGGACCUACGUCCUAUCCAUCCAGAACAGAAACUCCCGGGUGGAUAGAGGUUUCGGCGAAGGCCGUAUCGCCAGGCGAGCGGUCGAAUCAGUCUACCACGUCUUCCACAACGAACCAUACAACGUCAAACCAAAGAUCGUUGAUCUUAUGUUCCGCUUCAAAGGCCGUGCUGUGGCGAAACGACUGUUCCCAGCACUGUACGAUCUGCGCGAAUGCAUGGCACUGCUUGAACAAGAGAGGACUCGCCUCUCGGAAAUGUACGACCAACUGCGCAGGUCGAUCAACGAUGAAGCCUACCACCUCAUCUUCUCCGACGGGCUACCCUCGGCUGAGUUCCUCGAUCUCAAACGCCGGUACAUUCUGACAUCCCUGCAGGUGGACUGUCACAUCCAACUCAUCUCAAUUGGCGUCCGCAACACCUUUAAGAAGAAGAGCUGGACAUCCACGGACGAAGGCACAGACUGGCCAUAUCGAGGCAUUCCGGACAUGAUCACCGAAUGGCGGGACUGGCUCCCCAAUAUCCUAAGCUACUACACGCCAACAGGCCAUGUGCGGUUAUGGGGCAGAGACUUCCGCCACGCAGCGAUCCAGUCGGCCAACAGCAUGCAAACCACAAGAGCAGGCGCGAUGCGCUUGCUGCUGGACACGUACUCGCCUAUCCGACUGCGGCACGCGACCGAGUUUAUCCACCACCGAGGCCCGUGGCACGCCAUAUUCCAAGCCGAGGUGGACAACGAUACCUCGGGCCGUCUGAGUGAUUGGGUGAUGCAGUAUGAGUCGGCGCUGAGGCAGGAGAGGCUCACCGACCAACAAGUUGCCACCAGCGUCGUGGAGAUGCCGGGACCGGACCACCUGUCCGAGACUUGGAGUCCCUGGGGCGGCAUGUUUGAUCAAAAGGCGGCCCCCAAGCCUUCCCAGGAGCGGUGGGAAAUGAAGGAGGAUGGCUCGACGGCCGAAGAUGAGGUCCAUGGCAAGGACGAAUGA